AUGGCGAUAUCUCGGCCUGUCAUAUCUUCAAAACUGCCAUUAGAUGAUGGUGAUGACUGUAAACUUGAGGAAUUCAGAAAACCUAAAACAGUGAUGUGGAAGUAUCCCCCUCCAAAGAUCAGAAUCGGAGUAGAAGCAGUCCGUGAUUUCCCUCCUGGUUGUGGAAUCUUGCAGGAUUCUCUUGUGAGCAAUGCAGACAGGAAGCCUUUGAAGAAAUUAGAUAUUGGGAAUGACAAGAUUGUGAGCUCUCAGCCUUUUGAAGAUAAGAAACUCGAUAGCAUUAAGCAUGAAGGAUUAGGGUUCAAGAAACCUUCUUUUGGCACAAGGCCAUCUGGUAAAGUGGAUCAACCUCCUGUUUGUGGAAUCAUGCAAGAAAGGAAGCCUUUGAAGAAGUUAGACAAUGUUGACUCAAAGUUGGUAGAGUGUCAUCCUUUGGAGAACAGUAAACUCAAAAGUUUCAAACCUAAAGAAUCAGGGAUCAACAACCACUCUUUUGGAUCAAGGCCAAUUUGUAAAGUUCAAUAUUGGGAUCCAACUUCUUCAAAUGAUGAUAAUGCCCAAAAAGCAAAAGACACCAACACUAUCGUAUCACGAAAUGAACAAAUUAGACGCGAAAAGAUCCGCGAGGCAAUGAUCUUGUUUGAUAAAGUUUACACUCAUUUACUCCAAGAUAACGGAUCAAAACAAAAGGGGAAAAGAUAA